CAGGAGCACCAAGAGAGAUACAUAUUUACCAGAACUUCAUCAAGUGAAGAUGGAAAAAAGGUGGCUCUUCUGUCUCUUUUGUUUCCUCUGGGUGCCCAGCAUCACAGGCCAGUCUAGAGACGUCAUUACCCAAACAGAAGUGGUCCGCGCUCUGCCAGGUACUGAUGUGACCCUGGUGUGUCUCUUCCCAAAAUCGCACACCACCCACAUAAUACAGACACAGUGGUCCAAGACUGAAGACAGCCAUUCUGCCAAAAUAGCUGUUUAUCAUCCCACUUAUGGCACUCAUUACUUCAAAUUUUCUGAGGCUUCUUACAAUUUUUCGGUGUCCUUCAGCACUAGGAAGUGCUGCAGCCAGGAUGUCACAGAAUCUUUGUGUUCCACCAAUCCAAACACCAUGUCUGAAUGCAACCAGUGGGCUCUGCAUCUGAAAAACGUUACCGUCACCCUUAGUGGGCAGUACAAGUGCAGUUUUGCUACUUACCCAUAUGGGACAAAGGCUGCAAAAAUUCAACUUAUUGUCAAGGCAGAAGAGGAGCAGCACUACCUGAAGAAAGUGUGGUUAAACCAGACUUUAGAAAUUCCAUGCCUUGAGGACACGACCUCAGAAAAUUUGUCCACUUAUCCUUUGAAAUGGCUAGUGGGUGACAAUGGCAGGAAAGAGGAACUUGUGACCAAGGAGCCCUCCUGUCCUGCUGUGUACAGGAACAGCAGCGCAGUGUAUGGGCAAAGAGUCCACCUGGCUUUGAACAACACUUUACAGAUUUUCCCCAUCAAAAUCACUGAUGAUGGCAGGGUCUUUUCCUGCCACGUGGUGUUUCACCCAGAGAGAGUCCGGAAGAGCAGCACCACUGUGAGAGUAUACGCUUACCCUGAGAUCUCUGUUAGCCUGCAGGAGGGCUCAGCUGGCACCUCGCAGAAGCCCAGCGUGAGCUGUGUUGUGAGGAAGGCGUUUCCCAAGCCAAGCCUUGUGUGGUACGUGGACAGAGCAAACCUGUCGGAGCAGCCUGGAGAAAUUCCUGUUGUACAAGAAGAUUUGCAAGACAGUGAAGGUUUCUAUCAGAUGAGGUCAACGCUGAUGCUGCAAGGGACCCAAGAGACACAUAAGACAUUCUCAUGUGCAUGUCUGUUUCCUUCCCUCGGGAGUGAAAUAUGGAAUAUUUCAUCGGAAGAAAUAUUUGUUUCAUUUGACAAUAAGUCUAAUGAAGCUUCACCUGAAGUUUUUCCCACCAUGGUUUCAGAAGACCUUGGUAAUUCAACACUUACAUCAGCUGUCAUGACUGCCUCAGAGCCCCAGUCAACAUCUUUGGCCUCUCUGGAUUUCACAAGUCAAGCAAACUUGGCUCCUGCUUCCAUAACACAAGGAGCACUGGCUUUUAAUGCAGAGACAAAAAGCUACACCAGCGCCGCAGCAUUAAGUGAGAGUCUGACAGCAGCACAUUUGAAUGAUUCCACCACAGAAUCUCCACAAAGCCUCAGGAAUGCCACACACUCCUCUGAGAAUACAACCCUGGCACACCAUAACUGCCGUAAUCUGUCCUACAGUGUCACAGACCAGACAAUUUCAGCUACAGGAGGGAAAGAUUUCUUUACUACCAGCAGCCUGCUCAACAGUACUGGUGCUGAGAGGAACACAAACACCAGUCACUUCCCCUGGCCAACAGUGGUGGCCGUCCUGCUCCUCUUCUGCAGUUCUCUAAUAGCUGUGGGCGUCAGGAAAUGGUGUCAGUACCAGAAAGAGAUUAUGAACAGACCUCCAUCUUUCAAGCCACCACCACCUCCAAUAAAGUAUACCUCCAUGGUGGACUCUGAUGGGACUCCCCCUUCCUGCCAUGAACUAGAAAACCUGUAACAUUGCCUACACCCCUUGUGUAGCUUGCAGAAGACCGACAGUUAAAAGGCUCUGCCUUUAGAACAGUGACUACAGGAGUUGGGUCGUAAUGACCCACAUUAAAAUUCAGAGUGCCUACAUGACAUUACUGUUGGAAGCUGAGCAUUCCUUAGGACACUUCAUCCUGUCAAUCUCUAUGUACGCAUUACGUUAACACCACUGUGAGUGCCACCUCGAGAUUACACGUGCUUAAUUUGAAUCAGGUGAUCAACUGGGAAUUUGCUGUCUUUUUAAUGGGAGCGGAUUAACACAUCACUCCUCCAGCCUGACUGAAGAGUGUUGAAGCUUCUCUUUUGCUGAGUGUACAGAGAUGACAGCUCUGCCGUAUGGACACCACGGUUACAGUGGCUUAACACAAGCUUUUUGAUACGUAUGCGAGUCGUUCUUACAAUUAUUUUUUUUAACUGUGGACUAACAUGACCAACUUAGUAUUUUCUAUCGCUGUGAAACCAACCAAAAAACAAUCAGCACCUUAUGCAGAAAGAAAAUAUCUGCAUCUCUCGGCACAGGGUUGCACACAGUGGAUCACGUGGAAGGGUUGGUGAGACGAAAGGUCGUGGUGCAGGCCUGGUGCAAGUGUCUGUGAAGAAGACUCAGUUGUCAUUGGUGAAGUCACAAAAAACAGUCAACUUUGGGCUCAUGCACAAGCCACCUUUGGGCCAGAGACUUAAGGACUGAAGUGAAUAAGGAGCCUAAAGAUAAUGGAAAAUUCUAGUCUCUUUAGAAGUGCUGUGCCUUUGAAACAAUGCUUACACUUGAGUCUGCUUUUGUGGAAUUAUAUUUUUGAUAUUCAUUAAGAAAAAAAAAAGGAAUAUAAUAAUUUU